AUGCUCGUGAAUGCGGCGUAUGCCAAGAUUGAGGUUGAAUUUGACUACUGGUUUGACAUUAUGAGGACUGAGAAUCUGGCCAUGUGUGACUGGACCAACCGAUUGGAAUACGAUAAACAUCAGUUUGAGUAUACCGUGGUUGAGACGACUCCUGCCGGUAACUUCUUGCUUGGGAUGUAUCGGGUUUCCCUCAGAGAUCGCACUUAUGACUGCGAGUACUUUCAAGCUCUCUAUUACCCGUGCUGCCAUGCGAUUGCAUGCUGUGCUCAGUCCUGGUUAGACUGGGCUACGUACGUCCAUGAGGUUUAUACCAUGAGUAAGGUGUUCAGUGUAUACCGGAUGAGAUUUUUGCCCCAUAUUCUAGAGGGUCUGUGGCCACUGUAUGCCGGUCCUACUAUCGUCCCUGAUCCUAACAUGAGACGUGCCAGAGAAAGGCGACCGAGGUCAACAAGAUUCCGUAACACCAUGGAUGAGGCCGAUACUAGUUGGUCGAAGCGAUGUGGGCUAUACAGACAGACAGGACACACUCGCAGGACUUGCCCUCAGUGA